AUCCAACGCAAGGAAAGCCACAGGCCCGCGAUAAUGUUUUCUUUACGACGGCCGCUUGUUGGCAAAUAAGUUUGAUAUGCUGUCUCUGACGUUUGGUGCACAGCCACUAGUGUCGACAGCUUUCUUUCGAACGCUACGCACUAGCUGCCCGUUCAGUGCGCUUAUCCACUCAUCACCGGGUGCGAAUCGUGCCGGCAAGCCUCUGUUAUUACGCGCACCGGCGCCUUUCUCCGGCGUCCUGUCGGCACUGCACAGGUGUUCCAUUCUGUCUCAAGGGAAUGCUAGCCACACGCCUACUCCGGUGUCGAGAAAAGAGAAGUGGAAGCAUGCAAUCAAGGAGUACGGUAGCGCAAUGGUGGCGUUUCACGUCGUGCUGUCAGUCACAUCCUUCGGCAUCUGUUACCUGCUUGUUUCGAGUGGUGUUGACAUGACAACAGUUGCAGAGAAGCUUGGUUUCAGCAUGGACUCCCAGUGGGUGAAUUCGAAGGUGGCAGGUGGAAGUGGUACACUAGUGCUUGCAUACGCUGUGCACAAACUGUUUACCCCUGUGCGCAUGGGCAUUACUUUAUCCACAACGCCGAUCCUUGUGCGAUGGCUGCGGCGCAAUGGUGUUUGGGGAUUCAGGUACUGAGUGGACUUUAGCCAUGACUUCCACAGUUGAUGUGAAACUCCCCCAUCUACUUCGACGUAAUGUUAAUAACUGAAUGGCAGUGAAGAGCCAUGUUAUGAAUUAUCAGGCGUAGAUAUCUGUACGUUGACACUUUCCUUGUUAAACAACUGUGCUUAGUUGAAUAAAAUGGAAUUUAAAUGAA